GCGACUUCGUCGAGUGUGAAACCGCCGUCAAAGGGGAAGGGGAAGGAGGUCGCCGGUCCGAAGAUGCUUGUCCCGAGCCACCAUGAUCCAAGCGGUCGGUCCAAGCGGACCACCGCGCGAAACCUGCGCGCCUCGGCGCCGCUCGCACAAAGGCCAGCACGAGACUCCCUAGAGGACACAGGACACGAGCGACGCUUCGGAAGCGCCGCCGCAGAAGUGCAAAGGGCCCGGGAAACCCCACCGAUCGACCUCAACCCAGCCUCGCGAUCGGCCUCUCCAUCUCUCGUGGACGAGCCGCAGAGCGGAAAAACGACACUCGACACGAAACUCGACCGCGUCGCAGGGCUGCUCGAGAGCGUCCUCGCUACUGUGAUUACCAUCCAGGACCAGUCCCCACCAAACAGCGUCAUCUACCCCGAACAUGUCAUCACUGUCGUAUCGUCGCUAGCGCGUCGCAUCCUCCCCGGACUUCGUAAAGUCCCCAACCACCAGACAGGCCCCACACAUGAACUGGACACUCCACAGCAGACCAACUCAUCCCCUACGACACUCAUGACAACUAGCGAACGUGUCGCAUCGGCUUCCAUCCCAUCGCACUACGAGGGCGAACGCAUAACACCGGUAUCAGCGCUGUCGGACCAACCCAUGGCCGCAGCCGCACGAAGAGGCAGCCCGCCUCCCGCGAUGAUACACGACACCGCCCCCGUGCCCCCUCACCUCACAACAACUCCUUCGCCACCGAUCACCCCCGCAGCGCGCACCCUUCCACCGGAGCGCUUCCUGGUCCUAUGGCCCGGCAAGGGACCAGGACCUGCAGGCCUCAAUUGCUCACCGGCGGAGCUGAUCAACCUGCUCAACAAGUUGUACCCUGAGGGAUGUCCUACCGAAAAACGCUUCGGUGGGCUCAAAUGGACCGCCGCAGGCCACCUGGCCAUAUACAUCCGUCCCCCCUACACUGUCUCCCAACUGCUUCGAACCGAGCAUGCUAGAAGAACCAUCCAGACAAUCGUUAAGAUCAAUUGCCACGAGAAAGUGGAGUUGACGUGUACGGAGAGCGAGGGACGAUGGGAGCAUGUCGUUCUCAACGGCAUGCCCGCACAAGGCGUCACCACUGAUGCCUUCAACAAGGAGUUGACCAUCGCCCUAGGUGACGAGGCCCCACACCUCCGCAGAGCCACAGUUAUGUGCGCAGACAUAGCAUCAGCAGAACACACCUCCAUCCGCCUCAGCUUCGUCGACCCAACGAGCGCUGAACGCAUCUUGCGUGGCGGUAUAUAUUUCCGUGGACAACAUAUCCGUACUUCCAAGUAUCGCCCCAGACGACGUCAUUCCCCCCUUACCACAUCACCCACAUACAGUUGACCAAGUGAUGUACCGCUUCAACCAGGCACACCACACGAAGGGAGAACCAGCAGUGACCCACGCUCAGACGCGCCUGGCGCGAUUUGCGCAGAUGAAUAGUUAGUGAACAGACAGUCGGACAAAUCUUAGAUAAUAUCCCGUAGUACACUGUCUACCAUAAGGCUCGGCCUCAGAGGACAAUAAACGGGAUACCAAAAAAAAA